UAAAGAGCAGAUUGAGCAAUCUGAUCGGCACAUUCGUCUCCACAUCAAACACCCUGAUAGGAGGAAAUGUUUUGUCUGAGGGAUUUUAUUGCUUUCAUUCUCUGUGCCUUACUUCUUAUCAAACUCAGUCAUGGUUCUGAGAUUAUCAAUGGGAGAGAAGUGGAGCCCCACUCGUUGCCCUACAUGGCUCUCCUGGAGUUAAACCAACCAGCCUGUGGAGGAAUACUAGUUGAUCCGAAAUGGGUUCUGACUGCUGCACACUGCAUAAAGAUAAAGACUGUGUUGCUGGGGGUUCACUCCAUCAAAGAAAAGAAGAAGGAACAGAAGUGCAGGCAGAUCCGUAAGGUGAAGAAAAGUAUUCCUCAUCCAUGCUAUGACAGCAAAGAAAGAAACAACGAUCUCAUGUUGCUCAAGCUGGACAAAGCAGUGAAGGAAACCCAAUGGGUGAAAACUCUCAAGCUGAAUAAAGUUGUCAAAGAGCCAGCAGCCGGUUCAGUCUGUAAGGUGGCAGGAUGGGGAAAAACCGAUAAGGAUGCAACUACCAUGUCAGAUGUUUUGAUGUCGACCAAUGUGACAGUGAUCAACAGAACGAAAUGCAACUCAAAAGAUUAUUACAACCUUGAUCCUUACAUAACUAAGAACAUGAUAUGUGCCGGGUGGAAUGGAAAAAUCAAAGCUGACACUUGUAAGGGAGAUUCAGGAGGGCCAAUUUUGUGCAAUGAAGGUCUAGUUGGGGUUACGUCUUUUGGGCGUGAGUGUGGAAUUCAAAACAAACCUGGAGUGUACGCUUUCCUCACUGAAGACAACCUUAAACUGGGUCAAGAAGACAAUGAAGACAACAAAAUGUUCUCUCUGUGGGGCGUCAUUGCCCUUUUCCUUACGAUCAACUCAAGCCAUGGUUCUGAAAUUAUCAAUGGGAAAGAAGUGAAGCCGCACUCGUUGCCCUACAUGGCUUUGCUGGAGUCAAGCCAACCAGUCUGUGGAGGAAUAUUAAUUGAUCCAAACUGGGUUCUGACUGCUGCACACUGUGAAGGUGUUAAGACUGUGUUGCUGGGGGUUCACUCCAUCAAGGAGAAGAAGAAUGAACAGCAGUACAGGCAGAUCCUUAAGGUAUCAAGAAGUGUUCCUCAUCCGUGCUUUGAUAGCAAGGAAAAAAACAACGAUCUCAUGUUACUCAAGCUGGACAAGGCAGUGAAGCAUACCGAAUCGGUGAGCUCUUUGAAACUGAAUGACGUUGUCAAAGAGCCAGCAGCAGGUUCAGUCUGUAUGGUGGCUGGAUGGGGACAAACCAAAAAAGGUGGAGCUGCUUUGUCAGAUGUUCUGAUGUCAGCCAAUGUGACAGUGAUCGACAGAAUGAAAUGCAACUCAAAGAAAUAUUACCAACUUCGUCCAUAUAUAACUAAGAACAUGAUAUGUGCUGGGGCCAGUGGUAAAAUCAAAGGUGACACUUGUCAGGGAGAUUCAGGAGGGCCAAUACUGUGCAAUGGAGCUGUAGUUGGUGUCGCAUCUUUUGGUUACAAGUGUGGAAUCAAAAACAAACCUGGAGUGUACGCUUUCCUUACCGAAGAUCACCUCAAGUGGAUCAAAAAGACAAUGAAGACUCCUGCAAAUGAAUGAAGGUUGUUCUUGAGUUGCUGUUUUGCUCUUUCAGUUAUUGUUUUGCUGUCUGUUGUAAUUUAGCCUGCAUUACGUUAGAAAAAAGCUUCGGUAAAAACACCCAAUGAACAAAUAAAACUCUGAGUUUUUACUUCUCACAGCAAGGCUUGAGCUAUUUCUGAUAACCACUUUAAACAAAUAAAGAGUAAAAUAUUUCUUUUCUUGCUCUGUAUCGGAUUAGCUGAUAUCUGAGUCGAUCCUUUUCAGCAGCAAAAAAUGUAAAAAUA